UCGGCUUGCCUUCGUUUCGCUGUGCGAAAAACGCAGAGAGGCGAGAACCAUGGCGGCGGUACUAUUGGCGAAGUUGUGCUUUCGCUGUGUCGUGCGUUUUUCCGACCGAGAGUACAUGCGCUGAAGGAAAAAAGCCAACGAGGUUCAAGCGGAAGAAAAAUGAACUGCAGUGAUUCUAGCAAUGACAUGGAUGAAGGAGAGGAUCAAGAGGCAUCUUCUUUGCACGAAGGAAGAAACAUUGAGGAUGCGCUGAUAUCUUUCAGAGAACAGUGGCAGCGUGAGUUGACAAUAUCACCCAAGCGUGAUGAGCCCAAAGCAUAUUCACUGAAACAGCCUAGCAAUGAGAUUGCCAACGAUGAAACAUCUAUUGAGAACAGGGCAAAGAAUUUAUUUCUCAAGGGUAUUGAACACGAACAAAGCAGACAAUUUUACGAAGCAAUCCAGUUUUAUAAACGUGCAGAACAACUAGUUCCUGAUAUUGAAGUUCGUUUGUACGAGUCUACUAAAACAAAGACAAGAGACAGAUUUGAUACUGAUGACUCUCUUGAUACAUUUGACAAAGAUUUCACAACCAAUAAUGAUAACGAAAAUUACAAUGACGAUGAUGAAGAAGAAACUGAUUUGUUUUUGAAGUUGUCUAAGAUUGUAAAUCGCAAUCAGUGUGUAUGUUUCCCAAAGAUUGAUCAAAGUGCUACACAUAUAUCCGCGUUACCAAUGGAGAUAGUGCUUUAUAUCCUAAGAUGGGUUGUGUCCUCGGAAUUAGAUUUUCGGUCGUUAGAAAUGUUUUCAAGGGUAUGUCGCGGAUUUUAUAUAUCCGCUCGAGACACUGAAAUCUGGCGCUUAGCAUGUGUUAGAGUAUGGGGUGUGAAUUGCGGUACUUGCGAGCCAAAAUAUCAGUCGUGGAGAGACAUGUAUUUGCAACGGCCUAGAUUACGAUACAACGGAUGUUACAUCAGCAAGAUAAGUUAUAUUCGCGAUGGAGAGAAUAAUUUCCAAGAUCGGUUUUACCGACCGUGGCAUCUUGUUGAAUAUUUUCGGUACCUGAGAUUUUUUCCCGAAGGAAAAGUUUUAAUGCUGACAUCGACUGAUGAAGCUCAAAUGUGCGUAAAUUCUUUACGAAAUCGUAUACCGCGCAAUCCGUCAGUUUUGAUUGGUCACUACCGACUGCACGAUAAUUGUGUUACUUUGGUGCUGAAAAAACAAGAAACCAAAGGAGUCAAUUUUAAUUAUAGACGUAAGAAAAGGGAGCCAAUACACGAUAGUGGCGAGCAAACGUUCCACAUUGAAUUCGAGAUACAAAAUUAUCACAAAAGAUUAAACUCGCAAUUGAAGUGGAUCAGUUAUACUAUUUUCACAAAAUAUAAAAACGGACAAGAAGCAAAGAUUAGCUUGAAGGAGCCAUCUGUGAGAGAAUUCAGGGUUUCGGCGAUUGGUGGUCGGUAUCCACCCCUUAAAUUUAACAGAGUAAAAAGUUACACACAGGAAAGCGAAGCUCCGUUGCAAUAAUAGCAAAAAUCAAGUUGUAAGGACAGUGAGAGUACAAUAUGAAUUAUUCUUGGAAGAAAAUAAAUAGCAAAAAAAAAAAAUGCAGCAAAUUGCCACUAUAAAAAAAAUUGUAAACAUAAAGGUGAAUAUAAAGAUAUAUAAUUUCAAUAAAAUGUGGUGCGUUUAUAUAUGCCGAUUUAAGUCAAAAUAUACAUAUUUUUGAA